CCUGAAAUGACACAAAUGUCUUGCAAAUGUAACGUUCUCAAUGACGUUCUGUAGUCUGUUAGCAUUCUCCCCUCUCUACCUCCACAACUGAAGUGAAUUAUCUCCCCACCCCACUGGAGAAAUUUUGAGUUGACAAGAUGGCUUCUGCGUCGCUACAUGGCGACCGCAGCCAAGUAGUUUCUCGCGGAAAGAAACCUCCUUCUCCGCCCGUGCAAGGAACUAAAACACCAACACCAAGAAGCACUGAUACCAAGAAACGUCUGAACAGUUCAGAUGGCAGUUCAAAACGAUUCGUCUCCGCGGCAAAGGUUCCAACACCCGCUUGCAAGUCUGCAACGAGACAUCGUCCUUCAGAUGUCUUGAAUCCAAAGACUGUGGAUCCGUUUAAUGACAAGACGCCAAAGUCUUCUUUUGCUGCAAGUUAUACAAACGGUGGAGUACCGUGCAGGUUGGUUCAUGGCUCUGUAAAACAUAAACUUCAGUGGAGUACUUCUCCUGAUAACCUGCCAUUUGAUCCUAUUUUAGUUACAUUAGCUGAGGGUCUCAGAGAAACAAAACACCCUUACACUUUUGUUGCACGUGAGGGAUUCAGAGAAAUGCUUGAAAUUGAUGAUGCCACAUCUCGAACAUUACCAAUUCUACCAAAGCUAAUUGUACCUCUUAGAGCUGCAUUGGCUUCCACUGACACUCAAGUUUUUCACAGUUCUUUGGAAGCUCUGGUACAACUUAGUGCAGUUGUUGGUUCUGCCCUCAACACUCAUUUGAAGGCUCUUUUGCCACAGGUGUCAAAACGUUUCAUGGAUAAAACUCAAAAAGAAAUAAUCCUGCAUGCACUGCAGAGACUAGAACAGAAUGUGGGAAAGGAGAGUGUUCCAAUCAUCAAGUCAAAGAUACCAACAUAUCAAUCUGUUUGUCUAUAGCACUAGAUUUAACAAAGCAGUAAGUUAAAAAAGAUAAUUUAAAUAGAAUACAAAUAAUUGAUGUAUAUGGAUAUUUUUGUACCCACAUGAUAUUGUAUGUCCUGGCCUCACAGACCUAACUCUUCCUUUCGUGUAUUACUUUUUGAGUGAUUAAGCAAUGAUUGUGAUUUUUUAAGAUAUUUAAAAUGGGGUUGUCUGUGAUAGUAACCAGUGAAUUAUCAACUGUCAUCAGUAAGCCUGGUAUCCCUCUCACUCCCAUGAGUGACCAAGACAGAAUUUCUCCUCACAAUAUCAAAACAAUAUCAAGCAGACAAGUAACGAGAAUAAAGAAAAUUAUCAACUAGGGAAGUUUUAGCUGAUCCAGUACCAAAUUCUCCAAACCAAUAUCACAAAAAUUGUACGAUAGUCAGUAAGGAGAAUUACUUUUAGAAUCAGAUCUUGGGAGUGAAAGGGUAUUCAGGUGAAUUCUCCUUGUAAAAAUUUAUUAACCUUUGGGUGUUGUAAAUAAUGGAAUGGAAUUUUUAUUCUUAAGUGUUCUCAACCUGAUGCCUGUUAAUCCGAAACUAGGACCCUUGAUCUAUAGGGUUGCUUUCAGUAAGUUUCACGUUAGGAACUCUUAAACCACUAGGAUCUGAUUACCACAUCAUAAUUCUGCUGUCUUGCCACAUAACAUUAUUUUUCAAAUUAGUUUCAAGAGUUUCACGUCAGGUUGAGGUACAGCUAACAGACAAUUUCACAAAUAUUUCAGUUCUUAUCAUCUUAUCCCAUGGUGGGAUAAUAUAAUUAUUGAAAAGUUAUCAAGAGAGGAAGAAAUGCAUGUAUGUGUAUGUUAAUCGCUUUAGGGAAGUGAGAAGUCAAAAAUGAAGCAAUAGCUCAGGGUCCAGUUAUUCAAAGGUCGGAUACACGUAAAUGAUCCAACAGAUCAAUCACUUUUCAGUGGAUAGGUCAUAACAAAAUGUACAGUAUGAUUCAAUAGACAGAGGUUUAUCCAUUGGAUAACAUUAUCUGCCCUUUGAACAACUGGGGCCUGGCGAACUUCACCAUACUGCAAUUAACUUUUUCAUGAGUCGCCAAGUCAUGCCUGGCAUAACGAAAUAUUUUUUAUCUACAAUUGCUGGAACAUGAUGUUCUUCACUAUUAUGUUUUUAAGAAAAUAAGUUAUAAUGUGAAAAUGCCCUGCUUACAAAUGUUUUAUAUACCAUUCAUCUGUUCUGUUCAGUUUAGUUUACCCACCUGAAAGGAAGUGAGAGUUAUCUUACAGCUUGAGUCUUUUAAUGUACGAUGUCCACAAUAAUCUUGUUCUUGAUAACAUUAAGAACAUGUUCACGAAGCUGGCUUCUGUCCACAGUUACCAGACUAGAUCUGUUACCAAUGAAAAUUAUUAUGUUGAACAAGUUAGAACUGAAAAUUUGAAGAGAGCCUUCUCUAUUUCUGGCACCUUGAUCUGGAACAGUAUUCCAUUUCCUAUCAAAACACUUAAAAAAAAUCAAUUUAAAAAUGCAAUAAAGGAAAAACUCUUUGAAAUUCA